CAUAAAUGCUGAGCAGCACUGCCUAAGAUCAACCUUCAGAGUGCCUCUCUGCCUGCCAAAUUGCCAGGGCUAUUAGAGUGUGAUUACACUGCUUGGCUCUGAGCAUUAGAUAAUCCCACCCAGCUGGGCUUGCUCUGGACCUGGGAUGGCUCCAGCCAUCAGCUGCGUCUUUUUAGUGGCCCUUUUUUCAGCCAGCUGUGAAGCCAUCGCCUCCACAGAUCAGAUGUGCAUUGAGAAAGAAACCAAUAAAACAUACAACUGUGAAAAUUUGGGUCUCAGUGAAAUUCCUGGCACUCUAUCAAACUCAACAGAAUGUUUGGAGUUCAGCUUUAAUUUCUUGCCUACAAUUCAAAAUACGACCUUCAGCAGACUUGUAAAUCUCACCUUUCUGGAUUUAACCAGGUGCCAGAUUUACUGGAUACAUGAAGAUACCUUCCAAAGCCAACAUCAGUUAGACACUCUUGUGCUAACUGCAAAUCCCCUGAUAUUUAUGGCAGAAACAGCACUUAAUGGACCCAAGUCACUGAAACACCUGUUCUUCAUCCAAACAGGGAUGUCCAGUCUUGACUUUAUCCCCAUGCACAAUCUGAAAAACUUGGAAAGUCUAUAUCUUGGAAGCAAUCACAUUUCCUCCAUUAAGCUCCCCAAAGACUUCCCAAAAGAGAAGCUGAAGGUUCUGGAUUUUCAAAAUAAUGCUAUCCAUUACCUGUCUAAAGAAGACUUAGGGUCUCUGCAGCAGACCACUAAUCUGAGCCUUAACUUAAAGGGAAAUGGCAUCACAGGAAUAGAGCCUGGGGCUUUCAAGUCAACUGUCUUCCAAAGGUUGGACUUUGGAGGGACUCUUGAUUUGCUGGUUAUAUUCAAGGGUUUGCAGAACUCCACUGUCCAGUCUCUCUGGCUGGGGACCUUUGAGGACGUCAAUGAUGAAGACAUUAGUUCCUCUGUGUUUGAGGGUCUCUGUGAAAUGUCUGUUGAGAGCAUGUACCUGCAGAAGCAUCACUUCUUCAACAUCUCGUCCAGCACAUUCCACUGCUUCACCAGCCUCCAGGAGCUGGACCUUACAGCCACUCACCUGAAAGAAUUACCCUCUGGGAUUGUGGGACUGAAAAGCCUCAAGAAAUUAGUUCUCAGUGCAAAUAAGUUUACUAGCUUGUGUCAAAUCAAUGCAGCCAAUUUUCCCUCCCUUACACACCUUUACAUCAAAGGCAACAUGAAGAAACUUGACCUUGGUACUGGCUGUUUAGAAAACCUAGAAAAUCUUCAUCUGCUUGAUCUAAGUCAUGAUGACAUCGAAAUUUCUGAUUGCUGCAACAUGCAACUCAAAAACCUGUCUCACUUACAAAGCCUAAACUUGAGCUAUAAUGAACCCCUGGGCCUAAAGACAGAGGCAUUCCAAGAAUGUCCUCAGCUAGAACGCCUGGAUUUGGCAUUUACCCAAUUAAGGGUUAGUACUGAACAAAGUCCCUUCCAGAACCUCCAUCUUCUGAAGGUUCUAAAUCUCUCCCACUGCCUCCUUGACACCAGCAAUCAGCAUGUCCUCGAUGGCCUACCAGUGCUCCAGCAUCUGAACUUACAGGGAAACCACUUUCCAAAUGGGAAUAUCCAAAAGACCAACCCACUUCAGACACUGGAAAGCCUAGAAACCCUAAUUUUAUCAUUCUGUGAUCUGUCCUCCAUAGACCAGCAAGCCUUCAUCAGGCUCAAGAUAAUGAAUCAUGUAGACCUAAGUCACAACAGGCUGACAUCCAGUAGCAUUGAGGCUCUUAGUCAUCUUAAAGGGAUCUACCUCAAUCUAGCUUCCAACCACAUUGACAUCAUCCCAUCCAGUCUCCUCCCCAUCUUGUCCCAGCAAAGAACCAUUAGCUUAAGAGGAAAUCCCCUGGACUGCACUUGCUCAAAUAUUUACUUUUUAGAAUGGUACAAAGAAAACAUGCAAAAGCUUGAGGACACAGAGAACACUUUUUGUGCAAAUCCUCCAUUGCUGAGGGGAGUCAGGCUAUCUGAUGUCACGCUGUCAUGUGGCAUUACAGCUGUGGGCAUUUUCUUUCUCAUUGUAUUCUUGCUUUUGUUCACUGUUGCAUUGAUUUUUGCAGUGAAAUAUUUUCUCAGGUGGAAAUACCAACACAUUUAGCUCAAGGUUUCCAGAGAAGGUACGUGUUCAGCAAAAUUGUCCUAAGUAAAGAAACUGUCAUCUACAGGUGAAUAGACUCAAUUGGUUCCCAGAGCUGGGCUGGGCUUCACUGAGCUUUUCUGGACAUUUCUUACUAAUAGGAGUCUCCUACGGUGGUGGAGCUAGAGGACCAGGCACUGCUGUGAGACAUAGAGCCACUUGUACCUGUGAGAUGUGACCACAUUCACUGAAGCCUCCAAAGCAACCCCACCCAUCUGAGAAAGGAGAGCACCAAGCAUCACCCACCCACCCUGCUGCCCAACCGUCUGUGCUGGGGCCAACCCUGUCCCUCUCUCUCUCUCUCUCUCUCUCUCUCUCUCUCUCUCUCUCUCUCUCUCUCUCUCUCUCUCUCUCUCUCAAACACACACACACACACACACACACACACUUCUGACAUUUUGCUUGAGACUGAGCUCUCUGUAAUUGAGCCUUUUGGGAAAGUUAGGCCCUGGCAAAGUCUCAGUGCUCAUUUUAAAUGAUAAAGGUUAAAAAAUAGAGUGAAUUUAAAAGAAAAGACAAUGUAAUAAAUUCCACUCUCAACUAGAUUCUAUUAGUUACCUAAAUUAUUUGCUUUCUAAGGUCCAGAGGAGCCCCUAGGGUGCCAACAGUACAAAAGUUUUAAAGCUCCUCCUCACCCAUCUCUGAAGGUACAAUUUCAUUCUUUUCACAACAAGGAGGCCCCCUUCCCUGUUUGUUCUUGUGACUCUUGGAUUGCAAACUUAGAGGUGGGCUGUGGUCCAAACUGCUCUUUUUAUCAUCCAGGUUCCUGGUCCUUGGACUUCUCUCCCAUAGGAACAGGGGGAUGAAUCAUGUCAGGUUCCCAGACUGGCUUUCCAAAGCCUGUUCCCCUUGGAGAAUAUUGAAGAACACCUUCACAAUGGAACCUUGUGGAUUUAUGUGUCCCUGCACACUGGCUGUUGGGAACAUGAUAAGGGAGAAGAGAUUUCUGUUCAGUCCAGGGGUAUUCCCUAAGGUUGUGGCAGUGACAGAAAAUAUGGGGCUAUUGAAUGCAGAUAGACAGAGAGGACAAGACAGUUGACAAUAUCACAAUUUAAUCCCCCGCCAAGUUCCCAAAUCCUUCUAAUGUAGGCUGAUUCUCCUGAAGUCUGAAUUACUGGUUGAAACUUGGUAACUGUGAUGUUUACAAUUACUGUUCCCUGAAUUCAGAGAUUUAGGCAAUAAUGGAUUGAUAAUAUUUUUAAAACAUUGCACACAUACUAAAUAUAUAUAUACUUCUUCAUUUCAUCAUUCCCUGAAUAAUAUAACUAUUUACACAGCAUAUAUGUCAUGUUACAUACUGUUAGUAGGCAAUAAAAAGUAUAUGGAAAGAUGAUGCGAGUUAUAUGAAAAUACUAUGCUAUUCUAUUUCUGUUUAAAGCACUUGAACAUUUGAGAAUUCUAGUAUCUCUGAGGACUCCUGAACCCAAUUUCCCCCAUGAAAACCAAGGGACUGAUACAUAAGGCCUUGAUUAAAUUUCAUAACCAACUUUAGGUUAGAGAUGUUAACUAAUUAUGUAUUGUUGAUGGAGUAUCAAAGAAUGAUUGACCGAUGGCUGCUAGCAUCCAGGCAGAAUGAUAAGAUUAGCAUGUCUUCUCUCCACCCCUGGCAAAGCUGCUUAGAGGCAGUAGCAGCUGGUAUGAACCUCUUUCCUGCUUAGGGACUUCAUCCUUUCUCACAUGGUCAGUCCGUGCUCCGGAAGCCCCCACAGUCCGUCCUCACAUCCUGAGACUUGCAGGCAUGGUUUCCUCUUUGGAAAGUGGCUUUUUCCUAUAUAGUCAAUGCAAAGCCAACGGUGAAUGAUGCCCCGACUAGUGAACUCUCCACCUCCUUUACUGCCUUUAUGGCUCUUCUUCCGUGUCCAGAGUCAUGGCUGGGACGUGAUGCUGUCCCAGGUUGUGUGUGCUCAGGCUCACGCGUGUGAAUGUUCAUUUGGAGGUCAGAUGUUGAGGUCAGGAGACUGCUUCCCCAUCUUACUGUUUUGAGACAGGUCCCUCACUGACUGUGGAGCUCUCCCCAACUUCAGGGAUCUAUCUACCCAUCUCCAGGCUCUACCCCAGUUCUGGGGUUAUAAAUGCACACACCAGCUGCCAAUCUUUUUACACAGGUGCUAUGGAACUGAACUCAGUCUGCAGGCUUGUGCAGAAAGCACCUUACUCACUGAGCCUCCCUGCACGGCUCUCAUGAUUUAUAUUUUGGAUAAUUGCUAAGAUUUUGUAGGCCUCUGGUCCUGAGAUUUUAUCAGUGGUUGCUACAUUGGCCAUGCCCAUCCCCACUUACUCUUAGUUCUAGUCAGCAUCUCCAGAGCUUCCUGCACUGCAUCUCGCAUAUAUUUCUCACUAGAAAUACCCAGAGCAAUCUGGUAAUAAAAGAUGCCUAUGCCAAGACUCCAGUAAUUAGAAUAUUGUUGCAAUGAGGUUAACUCCGAUUCCUAGUCAUUGACUGAGUCCCUGUGACAUCCCAGCCUCCUCUUCCUCAUGUUUCCUCCUGUUACCCCCGUUUCAAAGUGUAGGUGCAUUCCACAUUCAGAAUGCUGUCUUAGAAAACAGCAACCCUGCGCAGCAGCCACUCAGCUGCCAGAACCAUUCUCGCCUGAGUGGCCAUUCCUUCUACCAAGAACCAGGAUGUUCUCCUGGUCCAGGCUGCAGCUAAGGGCCAUGUAUGGGUCUGUGUAGGCCAGCUACAGUUGUGGAUGUCUAUGGCCUGCAUCACCUCAGGAGGCCUUAGGAACCAUGUGAGAUGAAAUCAGAGGGCUAUGCUGAACCUGUGUCACCCUUUGCUGACCCUGGGAAAGCUGGCUUUGCCUCUCGAGGGACACUACAGCAAGAAAGCUGGCCUCUGCACACUGGAGAGAUAACCUCAUGCUUCACCACAGGCCAAGAUGAACCAACCCUAAGGGCAUGCCUGUAGGGGGGCUGACUCUAUCCCCUCACCCAAGGGGGUGGCUCCAGGGAGCCCGGACUGACCAGCUCAGCUACUACUCAGGCCUACAGCCAGGCCUUGGGUUGGCCCCAUCUAGAACCUGCUGGAGCUGGUGAAGGGACUGGUCUUGUAGAAUGAUACCCACAACAUCACCAAGACUUGUGGCAGCCACGGGAUAUCCCAGAAGAGUUCUGAGAGGAUCCAGUGAGGAUGGUGUGCCAGACACCAGAGGCCUUGAACCAAACCUGUGACUCAAUACAAUGAACAUUUGCCAGUAAAACUGAUGGGACAAAGGAGUAUACUAUAUGGCACACUGAAGCCCCCAAUGCUACCAGGACAAAUGAAGAGGUGUUGGAGAGGUAGGAAAUACACAGAAAAGCUAAGAGAUUUUCCUGUUGUUGUGUUUUUUGUUUUGUUUUUGUUUUUGAGGUUUUUUGUUUGUUUGUUUUGUUUUGCUUUUGCUUUUGCUUUUGCUUUUGUUCUAUUGCUUGCUUGCUUUGAUUUGUUUCCUUUUGUGGGGAGGCACAGGAGGGGUGAGGGGAGGGUAUGAGGGAACCAGGAGGAGAGCAGAAUUGGGGUGCAUGAUGUGAAACCAAGAGUCAAUAAAAAAACUAAAUCUAAUAAAUAAAUAUUUAAAUAAAUAAAAGCAAGAAAACACUAA